GCCCCGCCCUCCCGCCCCCCCCGCCCGGCCGCCGCCGCCAUGGAGUCGAACCGGGACGAGGCGGAGCGGUGCAUUGGUAUUGCACUGGCCGCCCUCAAGGCCAACCAGCCCGACAAGGCCCGCCGCUUCCUGGAGAAGGCGCAGCGCUUGUACCCCUCGCAGCGGGUCCGCGUUCUGCUUGAGUCACUCAACAAGAAUGAGCAUUCAGCCAAUGGCCAAUCCCAACCCAGGGAAUCCACAAACCAUCAGUUCAGGAAAAUGAGUGGAGAAUUCCCAUCAGCCAACAGAGAGGCUGGGGGGGAGGCCCCCAAGGGCUACACUCAGGACCAGCUGGAUGCAGUUAAGAGGGUAAAGCAGUGCAAAGAUUACUAUGAAAUUCUGGGAGUCAACAGAGACGCUUCCGAUGAGGAUCUGAAAAAGGCCUACAGGAAACUGGCCCUGAAGUUCCACCCAGACAAGAACCACGCACCGGGGGCCACAGAGGCAUUCAAAGCCAUCGGGAACGCGUACGCGGUGCUGAGCAACCCCGAGAAGAGGAAGCAGUACGAGCAGUUCGGAGACGAGAAACUCAACCCCGCCCGCCACGGACACAGCCACGCCGACUUCCACCGCGGCUUCGAGGCCGACAUCUCCCCCGAGGACCUCUUCAACAUGUUCUUUGGGGGUGGUUUUCCUUCUAGUAAUGUUCACGUGUACAGCAAUGGCAGGAUGAGGUACACCUACCACCAGAGGCAGGACAGGCGGGAGCAUCAGGGAGAUGGUGGCCUGGGGCUGUUUGUCCAGCUGAUGCCCAUCCUCAUCCUGAUCAUCGUGUCUGCUCUCAGCCAGAUGAUGGUCUCCAGCCCACCCUACAGUUUGAGUCACAGGCUGUCUGUGGGUCACACACACAGGAGGGUCACAGAGCACUUGAAAGUCCCCUACUACGUGUCCGAGAACUUUGCUGAGGAGUACACGGGCACAAACCUGAAGAACGUUGAGCGGAGUGUGGAGGACGACUACAUAGCAAACCUUCGGAACAACUGCUGGAGAGAGAAGCAGCAGAAGGAAGGCUUGUUGUACCGGGCACGCUACUUCGGGGACUCGGACCUGUACCAGCGGGCACAGAAGAUGGGCACCCCCAGCUGUAGCAGACUGUCAGACGUCCAGGCCUCCCUGCACGGAUAGUCCCAGCCCAAGUACGAGCCGGGAGCAGGGAACCGUAGUGCUUUUAUCACUGAAACCCCUGAUUGAGACACAGCCCUCCAGGAGUCUCCUUGGGGUGCACACAUGCAGCCUCCCCUCCGACGGGCGCUCCCUCGUUAAUCAGGAAUUGAUUCGGUUUAGUUUGCAUGUCGGCACCCUCGGCUCUCUCCAGGCUCCCUGUUUUCUCUGGCCUCUAGGAACGACAGGGCAGAAUCCCUUGGUGAAGUUGGAAGUUUCUUAGGUGGUGUGGCAUCCAGCCCCCACAUUUUAAUGAGUCCUUGUUUUUAGUUGCUUUGUUGUCUGUUUUGCUGGGAAGGCUGUGAUUCCUGGCACGUGAAGCAGCGCGGUGACAGGGAAUGGAGUCCCACCCAACAGAUGUUCCUUGUCCCCCCUCCCGUUGCCUUCCCAUUCAAGGAGAACAAAGCAAAUGUUCCCAGCAGGUUGUAGAAGUAACUUACUGGGUUAAACUGGCAAGCAAAGUAAAAAGCAGCUGGGGGGGAGGUCUGGAAGAUUUGGGGGUUGGAGAGCUUGGAUUAAGGAGAGCCCAGAUAACACAUGUGAGACUGGAUGUGCUGGGGAAACUGCACGAAAAUAAUGAAAAAAAUUUUUCACAGGGUUUGGAGUUCUUUUUCUGCAAAAAUUUUUGGGCUGAUUUCACCUACCGGGCUGGGCUGCCUGUGAAGUGUGCAGAUCCCACUAACCCAAAAUUGUCUGAGCACAGUAUUUCUAUAGAAAAACUUCUGGGUGAAGCUUGUUCCAGGUGUUGCAUGGACACCGUUCUGGCUCACAGGGACUCCUUGAGGAUGUUGGCCGUUGAGCUGCUUGAUUUGCACUUUUGAGGGGUGUUUUCCUCGGCAUCUGACAGUCUGGCCUUUAAAGCAAAUCCUCCGGGGCACAUUGGGCUUUUUUUUGGGUUUUGGAUCUUGGUUUUGGAUGCAGUCUUAUCUUGAUCCGCUCGCUCUCUCUUUUGGAUGACUGCGCCUCUUCUGGUGUUAAUCACCUGCUUUUCUUUAAUUCCCUCCCUGCACCCGUGGUCUGGAAAGAGCCUGGAAAAGCUGCUGCCUGUGCUGUGGGGUGGGGAAGCAAGGGGGAGUCACAGAUUGGCUGGAGACUGACACCGCCGCCACUUUUGUUCCCAGAGCGUUGAAACGCCUGAAGACUUUUGGGGAAGUGCACUGAGCCGAGGUGACAGACUCUGCUAUUUAAAAAGAAUCAAACCUUAUCUUAAAAAUGGAAUUGGAGAAUUAGCAACGCACAACUGCCCCUCUUUCUUCUCUCUGCCUCUGAGAUCACAGGCCUCUUGGGACAGGAAAUCCAGCUCUGUCUUCCUCCUCCCCUUCCAACACUGCUGGCGUGCUCCCAGGAUCCCACAAGGAUCCCACAAGGAUCCCACAGUCCCUGGAACAGACCCACAGAGUGUAAAAUAACCCAAACUAACUGCAGAAGCCGUGAAGCAGAAGGAGACCCUUCGCUGCGGCCAAGGAGAGAGAAGUGGGAUUUUGUUGAUAAAAGAAGACACUAAAGAAAAAGAAAAUAUAAUCUAUUUAGCAUUAAUUUAAAGCUGUAUAUAUGUUGUACUUUUAAACUAUGCAGGGGUUGGAUGAUUAAAUUAUUUUGGUUUCUGCCCGUUUUGGGGAGCAGGGCGGCAGGAAGCCUCUUCCCAGGGUGUCUCUGUCCACGGCAUUUUCCUUCCUGGAAAACAGGAAUCCCUUUGCAGUUGCUGUCCUUUGCUCCCAGGAGGAUGUUCUGCAGAUGGGGAUGUCCAUACACCUGCUCUUGGGGUUUUGAUAAAACCAAACCCCAAAUGUGCAGGGGGUCACGGAGAGCAGGGGCGGCCCGCCCGGAGCCGGGGAUUUGCAGCAUCGGCAGAAGCUGCAGGGUCAGCUGAGCGCCGGCGUCGUGCUUGGGACGGGAAGGAUUGUCCUGGAUGGAUUUUGCUCAUCAGUCUUUGGUUCAUUUGUGCAUGUAACUCCUUUUUCUGCCGAGUCUGCUCGAAUUCUGCCUGGUAAUCAGCGUGCUCCAUGCAGAGAGGGCUUUCCAACAGCCCUUUGUUGGGAGAUUUUGUGCUCGGGUUCCUCACCCCCCCAGCCACCCACCGGCGCUCCCGGGUGCAGCCUGGCCCUGUUCACCUGGGAAAUACCACAAAUCCAUAAGGAACAAAGUAUUCUAUUGGAAGAAGUUCUGCUGGGGGAGACCAGGCGGUGUCUGAUCUGCCCUCUGCCUGCCCCACCACAGGCAGGACCAGUGUGAGGCUACUCCAGGUGAGGAGCCAUCUCUUGGAAGCAAAAUCAGCAUGAGCAGAGCCACCUCCCAUGGAAUAAACUGGAUUAUUUUACUUUUUUGUUUGUUUUUGUUUUUGUUUUUGCUGCUCUGCAGAUCAUUUGUGUCUAAAGACAUUUCCAGUGAAAAUCAUGCCCUGGCACGGUCAUGGGAGUGAGCUGGGAGCACGGCAGCUCCCGGGUGGGCUGGCAGAGGUGGUUUUAUCCCGUUGUCCUUAGGAGUCCAUGCGCUCUGUCUUGGCUGUUUAUUUCUUUUGUGAAAUUUCAGCCUCCUGUUGGCUGCAGGCCCUGUUAUCCCACAGCCACCGUGACCUGGACCUGAUUUUGAGGGGUUUUAUUAUUUCCUUUUUUUUAAUGGUUCCUCCACCUUCAGAAGAAAUUGAGUAGAAGUUCAGGAUUGGAAAUGGUACUCGAUAGAGGCACAGGGAUGAUGGGGACGGGGUUAAACUAGAAUCCUGCUUACAGAAGGAGCUGGAUGUGUUGCCCAGUGGCAUUCCCUGCCCGGAGCCUGCCUGCCAAAACCUUCAGGUUAUUUUUCCUGGUAGAUACCCAUGGAUCAUAAGGAGGGAGAAGGCAUCGAUCCCAGUGGAUGCUCACAGAGGCUGUAUCUCUCGAUUUAGAGUUACUUAUACAAUUGUACAUCUAUAAAUAAAUGUUUAUAAUGUGAAAGGC